AUGUCAUCGAGGUAUAGAGUUGAAUAUCAUUUGAAAAGCCAUCGUAAGGAUGGGUUCAUUGACUGGAUUAAAGGUUUAUUGGCAGCACCAUUUGUGUUGCAUGCUGUCUCACAUGAUGGUGAUGAUAAUGAUGAAUUGGCCACUACUCAGCGUGUGAGAUCGCAGUACGCAGAGAUUUUCAAAGACAUUGAAUCUCUGGUUUCUGAUAAGAUCUUAUUUGAUGAGAGAAACGACCAAUAUAGACAAUAUAUUGAAUCCAAUGACGUUGAAGAAGUCAUUCCACUUGGUCAACCAAGGUUGGACUUGCUGGUACCUACAAUCGGUACUUUUUUCACUCAGUUGCCUUUGGAAAAGGCAUUCUUAUGGGAAGACGCUAGAAAAGCUAUCUCUUCUAGAAGAAUGGUAGCACCUAGCUUUAAUGAUAUCCGUCACAUUCUUAAUACGGCACAAGUGUUCCAUUUCAUCAAGCAGCGUAAAUUAAAGAGCAAAGACCAAUUGAGAAUGUGUACAUUCGAUGGUGACGUUACACUUUAUGAAGAUGGUGGUUCAAUUGUAAAUACUAAUCCAGUUAUCCCGUUAUUGGUUAAGCUAUUAAGUGAAGGUGUGUGUAUUGGUAUUGUCACAGCAGCUGGUUAUGAUGAGGCAAAGACAUAUGAAAGUAGACUAAACGGGUUGAUUACCGCUCUAAAUGGAUCAGAUCUACCAUAUGCCAAAAAAAGAAACUUAUGUGUUAUGGGUGGUGAAUCAAACUAUCUCUUUAGAUACUAUGAAGAUGGUGAAAGUUUUGGAUUUGAAGCCAUCGAUAAGGAGGGGUGGUUACUACCUCGCAUGUGUACAUGGUCUCAAGAUGAUCUCACUCAAACAUUAGACUUCGCCGAAAAAACUUUAUACAGGUUAAAGAAAAGGUUGAAUUUGCCGGAGGAGGCUAUUAUCAUGAGGAAGGCCAGGGCUGUUGGUAUCGUCCCAGGUCAUUUCAAGGAUCCUGAGACUGGCAAUAUGGUUAAGAUACAGCUAGAUAGGGAGCAAUUAGAAGAAGUGGUUCUGACUCUGCAAAACUCACUUGAAGGAUUUGCACCUGCACAAAGAAUUCAGUACAGUUGUUUUGAUGGUGGUAGCGAUGUUUGGUGUGACAUUGGUGGUAAAGAUUUAGGUGUGAGAGCACUUCAGCAUUACUAUGAUCCAGAAAAUCCAAUAAAGCCCUCACAGACACUACACGUUGGUGACCAAUUUGCUCCAGUUGGAUCGGCAAAUGACUUCAAAGCUAGACUUGCUGGUUGCACUCUGUGGAUUUCCUCACCAAAGGAAACUGUUGAAUACUUGCGCCGCCUGAUUCAUGAUGAGUAA